AUGGAUCUGGGAAAUGGGCUGGGUAUCGUUGGGUUUGCGGAUCCGAAUAGUCAGUUGCAAUUCGGGAGUCUGGAUCCUAUUAGUCUUGAAGAGGCGAGGAGGAGGACGCUGGAGUAUGAAGAGGUGCUUAGGAGGAGGAGUGAGGGCGGAGUAGGUGUGGGUGGGGUGGCGGGAGCUUCGGGGAAGAGCUAUCCGGAUGUUAAUCUCAUACCUACUGGUAGUGACGCGCAGGUGUUGAAGGGGAUGGUUGGGGUUGGGGCUGGGGUGGAUGAGAGGCAGACGGGGCCGUAUCCGGAGCGGAAUAUGAUUCCUACCAUGAGCGAUGAGGAGGCUUUGAGGGGAAUGGUGCCUGGUGGUCAGGAGGGAGGGCGAUGA